ACAAACAUUCACCGGCAGCAGAAACUCCGCAUCUCUUCACCAUGUAGCGGCGCGCAGACACGCAGCACAACGCACUCAGCUUCACCCACGAACCACGAGAAAACACAAAGCUCGUCACCCAGGUUCACCCCGCAGGAGCAGAAGAUGGCAACCACAGGCAUCGUCUACUUUGCUCUGUGGCUCACCUCCGUCUUCACUGCUGGACUCGGAUGCCCGGAGCUCUGUACCUGCUCAGAUAAAUACCGACGCCACUUUGCUGAAUGCUCCUACAAAGACUUAGUGAAAGUCCCAGAUGGUUUGCCUCCUAAUGUGACGACUGUGAGUCUCUCCGCCAAUAAGAUCACUUUGCUACCCAUGGGGUGCUUUGAUAACGUCACCCGGGUGACGUCGCUUUGGAUGGCCCACAAUGAGAUUGUCUCAGUUGAAGAGGGGGCCCUCACGCCUUUGGUUCAUCUGUGCAACUUUGACAUCAGCCACAAUAUGAUUGUAGACUUUCCUUGGGAGGAUCUGCAGAACCUGACGGGCCUUCAGCUGCUGAAGAUGAACCACAACGAGAUGGUCCACCUGCCGAAGGAUGCCUUCUACAACCUCAAAGACCUGAGGUCCCUCCGACUCAAUAAUAACAAAUUCAUAACCAUAACCGACGGGACAUUUGUCGGUUUGGUGUCGUUGUCCCACUUGCAGAUUUUUAAAAAUCCUUUUGCAUGCACCUGCUCCCUCGACUGGCUCAGAGACUGGAUUUCAUCAACUGCCAUCACAGUCCCGGAGCAGAAUCUGAUCAUCUGUGCAUCUCCGCAGAAACUGAAAGGCAAAGCGAUUGGAAUAAUACCCGAGUCAAAGUGCACAAGCACCAAUGUGGAGAUACGAACCGAGCCAAAUAUUCAUAACAUGACUUUCUAUGAAGGGAGCGCAUUGGUCUUGACUUGUGAGUUCAGAGGAAACCCAAAGCCUCUGGUGAUUUGGAAUAUCCACAGCAAAAGUCGGAAGGAAGAGCUGGCUUUGUCCUUGGCUGAGGAUGACUCGGCGGAAUCCAAUGAGGACUCCUUACUGUCGCACAGUCCCGUCAGAGUCUUCAAUAACGGGACUCUUGUCAUUUCGCACCUCAGGAAGGAAGACAGCGGCAACUACAACUGCUCGGCGACAAAUGAGUACGGAAGAGCACAGGAUUCAGUGUCAGUGGUGGUGGUGAAUUUAACUAAACCAACACCCACCAGACAAAAGACCACGACUACUUCUACUUACGCUAAAACUCACCCACCUAUACUGAAAACAACGCACAAAACAUCAGUUUUAGACUUUGUCCAUCUCCCUGAUUUAAAGAGGAAAGACAUGAUGAAAAUCAAACCCACUUUCCCGCCCGAUGAGACGAUCAAGUCCGAGAAGACAACCAAUCCAUCGGGUACCAGCACAUGUGGCCUGACGGCUAACACGAGAUACGUUUCUAGCCAGGCCUUUAACGGGAGUUUGGAAGAUAUCAAGCAGUACACAUUUGACUUUGGCGUCAUUGCUUUAGCCGUGUCAGAAACAGAGGCCACCGUCCGGCUGAAUCCCCUCCUCAUACCCAGGUACGACAGCGGGGCCAAUGGGGCCGCCGCCGCAGCAUCCGACGAGAGCGCCGACGUCGACAGCGGAGAGCGCGACAGCCUCUCCGACCUCCCCAAAAAAGUCCAUUCAAAUGGCUUGUAUCUGUGCAUCACCGGCGACCGAAAACACUCAGCGGUGCAGUGGUCGAGGAUCAAAGAAGGAGUCGGCACCUACGUGUUCGGCGGUUUGCGCCCCAGCACUAACUACUCCCUGUGUCUGACCUACAGAGGGGAGGACUGCGAGGUCCAGGUGCUGUUCACCACCAGGAGGCGGGUGCCCAACCUGCUCAUCAUCAUCUCGGUCAGCGUCUGCCUCCUCACCGUGUCCACCGUGCCCCUCCUCGGCGCCACCUGCUUCCACCUGGUGUACAAAUACCGCAGCAAGACCUACAAGCUGAUCCUGAAGGCCAAAGGCCAGUACCACAUGGAGCGAAACCUCACCGCCAACUUCAGCGCCCGCGCGCCUCACACCGAGUCCCGCCGGAAGAUUGACAGCGGCCGGCUGGACGAGGAGGAGGGGGAGACGGAGAGCAGGGAGGGAGAGAAGGAGGCGGACACAGAGGAGAGCAUCAUGACGGAGUCCUUUUCUCUGUCCCACUGCAGGGGCAGUUCAGACACCUGUGAGGUGGGAUCGGAGUUUAGUGAUAGGUUGCCUUUGGGGGCUGAAGCAGUGACUAUUACAAGCAGCUAGAAAUAUCAAAGUCACCAAUAUUUGACAUAAUAUGCUGUUUAGUUUUUGCUUGUGGUUGAAGGGUAAAUAUAUCGACAGUGAGGUUACACUUUGUUUGGUACACUGAUGUUUUCAAAUUAUUUUUUUUGUCCGUUUUUUUGUCAGGAAGCGACUUGCCAAUCACAAGUCAGCCCCGCCUUAAGCAGAGUCUGCUUCGUUGUCUAUUUGACUCUAAAUGAACAACAUGUUGAAUGGAAAAAGCCUUUUGACUUGCAUUUGAGCCACUCAUUCGUUUUAAUGUCUACUGAGUUAAUAAAUUAAGUAGAGGUAGAUUUAUUUUCUCAUAUACUUUUAUUCAAUCAAGCUUCUUUUUUUUGCUACCAGAGGAACUGCCCCCUGCUGGUCAUUUGAAACAAUGCAAGCUUAUGGCCCGUACGCAAUUCUGUCACUUCUCAGACUCUUGUUUAAAUGGUCCAUGGGGAAAUCAUUUUGUGCCAAUGGAUAAGGUUCUCUUUAGCACUGCUGUUCCAGCUUUAUCAGAUUCAAAGUACAGCGGCUUGCUUUACUCGCAGACUGCAUCAUUCAGUCACUAAGCAGUGGAUGGAUGUAAAUAUAAUGACUGUUAUAAUGAUCAUUAGUGGGCAUGAGUAGCAUUGAAACGAAUGGUUUCAAAAUAAAGGAAAAUACACUUGUAGGUUUUACAUACAGAGAGUUGGAACAUAAAUUCCCCUUUUACAUUUGUCAGGUAAAUAUGCUGCGAUAGCCAGUUAGCUUAGCUUAGCACAAUAACUUAAAAACAGGGGUAAACAGCAAGUGUCCUAACGUCUCUAUUCAGUUCUGCACCAAAUGACACACAGUGAUAGACAAUCGCGGGAAGCAUGAACCAGAUACAACAUUUAGAAAUCUCUUGGUUACUGUUCCACAAGUCUCACACAGAAAUCUACUCGCAAAAAAAACUUUUUACUUAUAUUUAAAGCAGUAAUGGGGAACAGCAUAACAGUACAGUUCAAGUUAUCGCGAAGCAGGGCGGUUUGCACAUUUCCAUUUCACUAAGAUUACUCUUUGUAAUAAAAGGCAUCUCAGUGUGACAAUAUGGUUUGUGGGAAACCAGCAAAACAGGUGAACAGGUUGUAUGAUCUAAUUUGUAUGCACACUGAUGCUUCAUGUUCAAAUAAGGAGGACGAAUGUGCCAAAUGACUUUGUUCCUGGAAACACGAAGGCUUGUUGUUCUCCUGUUCUGCUUUGAAUGCAAAAUGUUGGGUGGAGCUUAUCCAAAAGCGUCCCAAUCAUAAAAUACAUACUAUAUGGUAACCCUUACCCUGGAAAUAUCCAACUUCACAGAGUCUUUCAAAACACAAAAAAAGGAACAUAUAAAACCCUUGGCAGAGUUAUAAUCCAACUGAGUAAACAUGAAGGAUAAUUUGUUCAUAAUGGAGCUUUUGGACGUGUUGGUCGGGGGAAAUGUCGAUUUUACAGCUGAGAUUCUUUCUGGAAAUAGACAAUAAAUUAUUUCAUUGUUGUAGCAAAAAGUAUAACUGUACACAUUAAUGCCUUAGUGUAUUUAUGUACCUAAUGAGUGGGAAAAUAAGCACACAAAAUGUCCCUGACCAUAUGAUGAAGGGAAGUGACAAUUAUAAAUGAGCUAAAUAUUCUAUAAUUCUGCUUUGAAGUUCUUGCAGUAAACUUUUUUAUGCUGCUGCUCUUAGCUGUUACGUAUUAGGACUGCAGUAGCUGAAAAAUAGAUAAACUUAAUCCUUUGAUAUGACUUUAAAUGUUUAGGAAAUCCUGUGGUUUCAAAGAGAAAAUAAUGAGGAUGAAUGUUUUUCAGGUUAAACAAAACUGUGCGCUACGCUACGUGUUCGGUGUAAUCCCCACUCUACGGCAUCCUGUGUAACAAUCCGCCCCGUGUGAGGAUGUGAAGUUGCUGCCCUGUUGUUUCUGGGUCAUGUGUCCACCCCCCAACGUUCUGUGUCAGAAGACCCGCAUGCUGCCUGUACUUGAGAGAUCGUGUAAAUAUUCUUGACCUAGAAAGUGUUUCUUUCUUUUUUUGUGUUUUAUCCCCCCGGUGAUAAAGGAAGUAGGUCUUCACCAAAGUGUUUAGAAAUCCUGACUAACUCUCCUUGUCCUAUGUGCCUCAAUAAAGUUUUGACAAAGGGAAACUGAA